AUGUCCUACGCAUCUAGCCUUACCGGUAAGGAGCGGUCAAGAUGGCCGCCCUUGACCCGCAUGCUGCUUUCGGGCGAAAUGAGCGACACGCCCAUUCGCCAAGAGACGUUGCGCGAACGCUUUGACCGCUGGAUGGUGAACGAGGGAUGGCGGAGGCUCUUCGUCUUCACCUUCAUGCUGGCCCACGCCAUGAUCUUCAGCUUCGGCGUCGUCCAUUAUGGCCUUAAGGACAACUUGACCCAGUCGCGAGAGCAGUUUGGAAACACUUUCGUUAUUGCGCGUGCCGCUGCACUGGUCCUCCACUUCGAUGUCGCCCUCAUCCUCCUCCCGGUUUGCAGGAACCUGAUUUCGCUGCUGCGUAGGACCUCUCUCAACGGCGUCAUCCAAUUCGACAAGAACAUCACCUUUCACAUCCUUGUCGCCUGGUCCAUCGUGUUCUUCUCUUGGGUCCACACCAUUGCUCAUUGGGUCAAUCUGGGCCGUUUUUCGGCCGCAAACAACUUGGGUUUCGUGGGCUUCCUUCUGGCAAACCUGAUCACCGGCCCCGGAUGGACUGGCUAUGUCAUGCUCAUUGCAUUGAUGGCCAUGGUCUUCACGUCAGUCGAAAAGCCGCGCCGCGCAAACUACGAGCGCUUCUGGUAUACCCACCACUUCUUCAUCAUCUUUUUCGUCAUGUGGUCUAUCCACGGAGCCUUCUGUAUGAUUCGCCCGGACUUUGCACCUUAUUGCAGCACUGUUGGCGUGUUCUGGCAGUACUGGAUGUACAGCGGCUUCCUUUACCUUGCUGAGAGGACUGCGCGUGAAGUGCGUGGAAAGCAUAAGACAUACGUUUCCAAGGUCAUCCAGCACCCUAGCAAUGUCUGCGAGAUCCAGAUCAAGAAGGAGAACACCAAGACUCAGGCUGGACAGUACAUUUUCUUGUGUUGCCCCGAGGUCUCAGUCUGGCAGUACCACCCUUUCACGCUUACAAGUGCGCCUGAGGAAGACUACAUUUCCAUUCACGUCCGUUGUGUUGGAAACUUCACGAGAGCUUUGGCAAAGGCACUGGGCUGCGACUUUGACAAGAAGGAAGUGAAGGAGAAGGACACUGCUGUCGUCAGCGGUUCGGCAGAUGAAAACAGCGUCGAUCCCAGUUUGCGCCGGAUCCUUCCCCGAGUCUACAUCGAUGGUCCUUUUGGAAGUGCUUCGGAGGAUGUCUUCAAGUUCGAGAUUGCCGUUCUGGUUGGAGCUGGUAUUGGUGUUACGCCGUUCGCCUCUAUUCUGAAGAGUAUCUGGUACCGGAUGAACUACCCACAGGGGAAGACGAGGUUGAGGAAGGUUUACUUCUUCUGGGUCUGCAGAGAUUUUGGUUCCCUGGAAUGGUUCAGGUCCCUACUUGCGGCUAUCGAAGCCCAGGAUCUGGAGGACCACAUUGAGAUCCACACAUACCUCACCGCCAAGGUCAAGGUCGACGACGCAGCGAACAUCAUGAUCAACGACGCCAACGCCGAGCAAGACGCCAUCACCGGUCUGCGCGCGCCCACUAAUUUCGGCCGCCCCAACUGGGACAUGAUUUUCAAGUCGAUUCGCAAGAUCCACAGCCCGGCCGAAGCUGGUGUCUUCUUCUGCGGACCCAAGGGUCUGGGCAGUCAGUUGCACAUCAAGUGCAACAUGUAUACAGACAAGGAUUUCCAUUUCGUCUGGGGCAAGGAGAACUUCUAA